AUGAUGUCCUACAUAAAGCAACCUCAUUACACCAUGAACGGGUUAAAUUUGCCUGGCCCCGGAAUGGAUGUGCUACACACGACUGUCGCUUAUCCUUGUAAGUAUAAACUGUGUUUUGCAGCCACUCCCCGGAAGCAGCGCAGGGAGCGCACCACCUUCACCCGGACACAGCUGGACAUCCUGGAGGCGCUGUUCUCCAAGACCCGCUACCCAGACAUCUUCAUGAGGGAGGAGGUGGCCCUGAAGAUCAACCUGCCGGAGUCACGUGUGCAGGUUUGGUUUAAAAACCGCCGUGCCAAGUGCCGUCAGCAGCAGCAGCAGAGCAGUGGCCAGUCCAAGCCCCGCCCUCCCAAAAAGAAGGCUUCUCCAGUGCAGGAACCCAGCGCCCCUGACCCUGUUCCUAACCCCUCCGGCUCCUACAGCCCCUCCUCCGUCCAGUCCGGCCCCAGCCUGGUCCCCAGCUCCAGCACUGGAAACACUGCCGUGUCCAUCUGGAGCCCGGCCAUCUCGCCCCUGCCCGACCCCCUGGCCUCCUCCUCGGCCCCCUGCAUGCAGCGGCCCUCACCCUAUCCCAUGAGCUACGGCCAGCCGUCGGCCUACACCCAGGGCUACGCCAGCACCACCUCCUACUUCACCGGCCUGGACUGCAGCGCCUACCUGUCCCCCAUGCACUCGCAGCUGUCAGGCACCGUGGGCGCCCUCAGCCCCAUCACCGUGCCCUCGAUGGGGGGCUCCCUAAGCCAGUCGCCGGCCUCGCUGUCCUCGCAGGGCUACAGCACGGCCUCCUCCCUGGGCUUCACCUCCGUUGACUGCCUGGACUACAAGGACCAGCAGGCCUGGAAACUGGGCUUCACCACAAUGGACUGCCUGGACCACAAGGACCAAAACUCCUGGAAAUUCCAGGUCCUUUAAAAACCAGGAAACGAUGGUGUUCAUGUGUCAACAAGUCCCGUGUGAGAUAGUGUGAAGCAGUUCUGAAGCCAGAGGACUCGUUGUCUUUGAUUUUCAGUCUCUUGUUUGUAAGAUUUUGUUUUAUUUUCUAAAGGUGACCUCUGUAGAAAUGCAUUUUAUUUGAAUGACUUUGGAGCUGAAGGGACCAGUGACUGUCAUCGAUGCUGCCUGACUGCAAAUCAUAUAUGUUGUCUUCUUCACGCUACAUAUAAUAAGGGAACAAAAGCCUUUAAAGAGUUUGUAGGAAAAUGUUGAAGUGGUAUGUCUGGAAACACACAGAGCCAUGUUUCAUUUUGUUUUAAGUUUGCAUUGUGAUAGAGUGAAAGGAGAGCUGCUGCGAUGGGAAGGAGCCGUGGAGUCCUCUAGGUCACCUCCUCUGUCAGGGUUUAAUUAUUUCAAGCUAUUUAUUAUCAUUUUAUGCUCAUUUAAAUAUGUAAUUUGGUUUGCGUUUAGACAUUUUUGAGCAUUUGUGUUGCGUAUUUCAGUGUUAGCCUUUAGUUUGAUCAUCCCAAUCUGUUUGAUGGAAAAACUAGAUCUUCUGUUUUAGUUGUGUGACAUUAUUAAAGUGAUCUAUUCUUUACACGUUGUGCACUGACAAUCAUUGAGAUUCUCAUAAAUGCAUUGUGCUUUGUGUCUAUGAGCUUGUUAGUAGCACAGUGAGGGGUCAUGAACACGGUGGACGUAUGGGGCCCUGUGUGGUCAUGUUUGUCAUAUGGCCUGCAUGGCUCUCACUGCUCCAUCUUGGUUAUUUUAGUUUAUCUGAUUCUGGGAGUGUUCCAAUCCUCUUAGCCUCCCUUCAGCAAUGCCCUAAGUGAAUUAGUUAGGAUUAUUGCCCUAUCCCCCUCUGUCUCUCUCUGUCUCUCACCCAUCUCACC